AGAAACUCAAGGUCACUUCCUUGCAAGCCCCGUGUGCUCAGAGCCCAGCCGGGACGGCUGGCACAACCCACAGCUUGCUGUCACCGUCCCGGCGGAGCCGAGCUCCCCAGCCGAUCCAUAGGGGUGCUCGGUCGGGAGUAUCAUCGCUACCUGCCCACUGUCAGGAAAGCUCCGCCUCCGACAUUUCGGGAGGAGUUUGAUGUAGGCAGCUUGGGGCAAACAACGGGACCCCAGCUCGAAGCAUCUGCCUAUGCACGGAGCCCCUGACCCCUCCUUGGCCGCUCCUCGCUGAGCAGGACCCGAGCCGGCCGGUGCGGCCGGUGGCCGGGGAGGAGCCGCUCCGCUGGGGGCUCAACGCACCGGUGUCACCCGCUCCGCAGUUCCUGCGACAGCUUCUUUGGGGGGGGACAAGGAACUCGCCCACAAGGACCUCGCCCACAAGGACCUCCGAAGAGGCGGGAUUUCUCCGGGAAGAGGAAACGGGAUUUUGUUGUGUGACUUGGAGAUGAGACAGGUAUCUAGUGUGGGGUUGCUCCUUGGGCUCAUGGCUCUCCCAGCGGCGCUAGGACAGAGAAGCUCAGGAAGCCCUACACAACACAACCAGACUGAAGGCUUUCAGAUCGUCUCUUUCAAAUGGGAGCACGUCAAGGACCCUUAUAUCAUUAUUCUCUGGAUCCUUGUGGCCAGCUUGGCCAAAAUUGUUUUCCACUUGUCCCACAAAGUCACUCGGGUGGUUCCGGAGAGUGCUCUGCUGAUUGUUCUUGGUCUCGUCCUUGGUGGCAUUGUAUGGGCAGCAGACCACAUUGCCUCCUUUACCCUUACACCUGAUGUAUUUUUCCUCUAUCUGCUGCCCCCCAUUGUUCUGGAUGCUGGAUAUUUUAUGCCAAAUAGGUUGUUCUUUGGAAAUCUUGGUUCCAUCCUUUUGUACGCUGUCAUUGGGACAGUCUGGAAUGCUGCCACAACUGGUUUAUCUCUCUACGGUGUCUAUCAGACAGGAAUAAUGGGCCACCUGGAUAGUGGACUGCUGGACUUCCUCCUUUUUGGCAGCUUAAUUGCAGCUGUGGAUCCUGUAGCAGUUCUGGCUGUGUUUGAAGAAGUACAUGUCAAUGAAGUUCUAUUCAUCAUUGUUUUUGGAGAAUCUCUUCUGAAUGAUGCUGUAACUGUGGUGCUGUACAAUGUGUUUAAUAAUUUUGUUCAACUAGGACCAGAGAAUGUGACGGGGAUUGAAUGUGUCAAAGGCAUAGUGUCAUUCUUUGUGGUGAGCCUGGGUGGGACACUGGUUGGCAUUUUGUUUGCAUUCCUGCUCUCAUUGGUCAGCCGCUUCACCAAGCAUGUUAGAAUCAUUGAACCUGGAUUUGUGUUUAUUAUUUCCUACCUGUCCUACCUCACAUCAGAGAUGCUUUCUCUUUCUGCUAUCCUUGCGAUAACCUUCUGUGGCAUUUGCUGUCAGAAAUAUGUCAAAGCUAACAUAUCUGAACAAUCUUCUACAACUGUAAGGUAUACCAUGAAAAUGUUGGCCAGUGGAGCAGAAACUGUUAUCUUCAUGUUCCUAGGAAUUUCAGCUGUAAAUCCAGCUAUCUGGACAUGGAAUACAGCUUUUAUACUGUUGACUCUGGUAUUCAUCUCAGUAUAUAGAGUCAUCGGUGUAGUUAUACAGACAUGGAUUCUUAACCACUACCGAAUGGUCCAGCUGGAGAUAAUAGACCAGGUGGUGAUGUCAUAUGGUGGACUACGUGGAGCAGUUGCUUUUGCUCUGGUUGCACUUCUGGAUGACAACAUAGUGAAAGAAAACCUGUUUGUCAGCACAACUAUCAUUGUUGUGUUUUUUACUGUUAUUUUCCAGGGAUUGACAAUCAAACCUUUAGUACAGUGGCUGAAAGUGAAGAAAACUGAACACAGAGAGCCAAAACUGAAUGAGAAACUUCAUGGCAGGGCUUUUGAUCACAUCCUUUCUGCUAUAGAAGACAUCUCUGGACAAAUAGGACAUAAUUAUCUAAGAGACAAGUGGUCCAAUUUUGAUAGGAAAUUCCUCAGUAAAGUACUGAUGAGAAGGUCUGCUCAAAAAUCAAGAGACCGAAUCCUUAAUGUUUUCCAUGACUCCAACUUGAAGGACGCGAUUAGCUAUGUGGCUGAGGGAGAACGUAGAGGUUCCUUGGCAUUUAUACGUUCUCCAAGUACAGACAACAUGGUGAAUGUGGAUUUCAGCACCCCACGCCCGAGUACUGUGGAAAGCUCUGUGUCUUAUUUACUGAGAGAAAAGGCUGGACCGGUUUGCCUCGACAUGCAAGCUUUAGAGCAAAGGAGGAAAAGUAUUCGGGACACAGAAGAUACAGUUGCUCACCACACCCUACAACAGUACCUGUAUAAACCUAGGCAGGAGCACAAACACCUGUACAGUCGACAUGAGAUCAUGCACAGUGAAGAUGAGAAACAAGACAAGGAAAUUUUCCAUAGGACGAUGAGGAAGCGCUUAGAAUCUUUCAAGAGUACCAAACUAGGAAUAAACCAUUCCAAGAAGCUGAAUAAAAUCCACAAGCGAGACCGGGGCCAAAAAGGUUUGUUUGUUUUCUUUUAGCGAAACAGCAAUGUCAUCCCAAAUGGAAAAAUACCUCCAGAAAUUUCAGUACAAGAUUUUACAUUAAAGGAAAAAGAUUUGGAGUUUUCUGAAGCAGAAGAAAAUAAUGAUUAUGAAACUUUGCAUCUAGGCAAAGGAGUUGAUUUUCUGGCUGAUGUGACCAAGCAAAAUUUUGCAGAAAAUUCUACUGGCAUUGAUAACCCAGUAUUUUCAGCUGAUGAUGAUCAGAGCAUCUACAUGAAGUUCUCACCAUGGUUGUCUAGUGAAGAUACUGUGGUACCAUCACAAAGGGCCCGAGUGCAGAUCCCAUAUUCUCCAAACAACUUCAGACGGCUCACUCCAUUCCGCCUCAGCAAUAAAUCAAUAGAUUCCUUCCUGCUAGCAGAUGGCCCAGAGGAUCGACCCAGAUCUUUUCUCCCAGAAUCAACACAUAUGUAAUAUCUCAAAAGAGAUUAUCACCUUUAUUUUUAAUCAGUCCUCCUAUCAAUCCUGACUACUGACAAGAAGUUUACUUUCUGAUUUUUCUUUUCUCAGAGCGUCUCUUUCCUUCCUGACUUUUUUCUACAACUAAACAUCUUCCAUUUUCCUUCUGUUUGAAUAAUAGAGCAUCUUUCUAUUUUUCUUCUACAGAAAAGCUACCCAGCUAUUAGGGGUCAAGUGCCUUGCUAUUUUACAGAAGAUAAGGGUCUUGCUCUUUGUUUUGUCUUGAAAUUUUUAAAUGCUAAGUAAAAAGUAUUCCAACACCAGAAUGUUUUUGUAUCCAUUUCAAGAGGCUCCACAUUUCUUGGUUAGUCAGUUCUAGAAGAUAAAAUUAAUGCCCGAAUUCCCUAACGUGGGGUUAUUCUAAUUCAACCACUCAACUCAUUGUUCUUUCAAGUGACAUGGUAAGGGCCGUCUUCAGGUAUAAGCAAGACAGGCUGAAGUGCCAUAAAAGCAAUCCAGCUGCUGAUGCCAAAGCACAAGUUUUGCCUGUCCACAUCUCUCAUCUUUUGCCUAAGAGGUCAAAUGAGCCAUUUAAAAACAUCAGAUUCUAUUGUAUUCCUGUGUACAUUAGGAACAACAAUGCUAGACCAGCAAUGAGCUGGUCUGAUUCUCUUGUUCUUAGCAUGAUUAGAAUAUGAUUUUUGACUCUAUUGCUAAGAAGUCUUGAGUCAGUUUUGAACACUUGACCAGUUGUAGUGCCCAACCAGUGCAAAUGGUCCUCAUCGCUACAAGUAUCCAAUGACACUGCUAAUGUACUUAUUUUCUUUACAAUAGAAAACAUCAGAGUUUCCCCUACAUGGGUGGAGACUAUUACACAGCAGCCAGACUGUGAAGAAGCAGAAUUCCAGUUUGGGUUAGAGCUUUAAUCUUAAAACUGUGAAUUUGUCUUAAUCCACAUCUUAUUCUGAAAACAGAAAAAUGCUUGGCUUUUUUGAUUCAGUAAAUAACUUGUUGACUAAUAUCUUAGAAAAAUAAAGUGACUCUGGGUUUAGAUUAAUAUCCUACUUGCCCUUUAAUUCUUGCUCCAUGAAAAUUUUCCACACCAUAAAAUGCGGCCUUCAUUCCUAUAAUCAACACAGUCAAUGCUGUAAAUGAGGUGGGUCAGGUCACAGUUCAGCCAUCAUAAUUGAAUAGAACACAGGGCAAUUGGGGGUUUAUGCAUGAAAUGAGAUAGUCAAUUUAAUCAUGAAUUAGCUUUUGUGGAAUCCACAAUCACAAAUGUAUAACCUAGUGUCCUCUGUGCAUCAACAAAUAAAGGAAUGUGGCAAGUUGAAGGUACUUAGAUGAUGAAAAGUUUGUACAAAGAUUUCAGGGUAAGAGUGAAUGGUGCAUAAUUUUGAUUUCAGAAGAAAUUCUAAUCUUUGGAAAAGAAAUAGAAAAGGAAGUGUUCAUUUUUUCUUCUGUUCUGGCUUCUAUCUUUCAAAAGAUGUGCUAGUUCAAGCAUAAUUUCAGAAAGCACAUCUCUUUACUGGAGUGGCCUGUAGGUCUGAAUGGGUUCUAAUGCUCGAUUCCUUAUGAACGCAUCUUUGCUUGUUUUCCUAAUGAUGUUUUAAAAUAAAUGCUAGGUUAAUUAAAGAACUGUGAAUUACCUAUAUCCUGAUUAAAAACUGGAACAAUGAGCAGCAUUCUGAAAGGAAAACUUCUCCCUGACACUUAUUCACACUGAAAUUCUCCUCGCUUUUUUUUUUUUUUUUCAUUUAGAAGUUAGUCAUAAAUAUUAGCAUGUUACUUUCUGAACAUUUCCUUGCUAACCUUGUUCUUUCCUCCAUUCUAUUGCCUUAAUUAUAAGAGACUUUAUUAUUCAGAGCUGCUAUGUACAAGUUCUUGUGCAGGCAUAUAUAUUCUUGUGCUUUGAUAUAUCAAAAUCACUUCUUCGGAAGUGUUUUGGGAAGUUAGAUUUCCUGAGCUAAUAAGCUGAGACCUCAAUUGCUCUCAGAAACAGUACUCUCAAUUAUCUACUUAAUGAAAUUCUACUAUUAGGAGAAUUAAAUUGAAAUUUUCAAUUAAUAGUUUUUAAAAAACAUGUACAUUGGAAACAAAAAGUGGAAAUAUGAGAAGUUGCUACAUAGUUAAUGUGUAAAGAAAACAGGUCAUUUUCAAGAAGAAAUUGUUUCUCUGGUGAAAUGCUUUUCUUUGAAAAGCACAAUUUCUUUCAAAAGUUUCUGAAAGAUUUCGUUGCUGAGCAUUAGGACUAAAUGGCUCAAGAUAAAGAUGUACCUUAAUGACCAGACGAUGGCUCCAUUUCCUAAGCAUUUGAAGCAGACAGCUUUCAUCACACUGAACUCAGUUUUUGCCUGAUUCUCAGCAAGGACAGAAAGUGUAAUAUACUCACUUGAGGUUGUCCAGGACAGAAGCUGGGACAGGGUACAAUUCCCCACCUCAAAAACUAUCUUAAACCCACACUUUAAUAAGACUUUGUAAGAAUAGCCAAACCAAAGCCCAAUAGCCAGCACAGUAAAUAUAGAAAGUGGAUAUGUACAGUUUAAUGUAUAUUUAAUUGUAUUCUCUAGGUGAUAGGGACCAUGAUGUUGAAAUGACAGAAUACUCCUCUUCAGACGACAAAUUGCCUUCUAUGUAUCUGACCAACUAAACCAAAACCAAAGCGUUUCAGAGACUCCCACCACUUCUUUCCAUCCUGUCUUCAAAUGCCUUGGACACAUAACUAUAUUCCUUGGAAAACAGAGGGAAUAUAUCUCUUUCUACUGUCUCUGAGUAUAUAGGUUCUUGUGACCCAAGCAUACCUGAUCUCUUCUGGGAAGCAGGUACAGAUGGCAAAUAACAAGAGACAGUAAACUCAGGUUAUGGUUCUGAAGUUAGCUAUAAAUCAGAGAAUUCACAAGAAGAGAAUUCUCUGCUUAUACCUGAAGAACUGGAACGACUCUUACAUGAAGGAGCCCAAGAGAAGAAAAUUUUGCUUGAUGUACAAGGAAAUUACAGAUCUGCAGCAUCCAGGCGUGUACAAAGUCGACGUUCUUUUCACAGGCACAAAACCUCUGCAACACCCUAAGCUUCAGAAACUAGCAUCUCUUCCAACAUCUUGCCAUGUCCCUCCACAUUCUUUGGAACAAGAGGAAACACAGCUGGUGAGCCAGGGUUUAUCUGAAAGGAGGAGAUGAGAGAGAAUAAGUUGAAUAAAGGGCUUCUGUAAAAAUAGGGCAACCUAUUGGUUGGUUCAAGGGGCCUAGAAUGGUUGCCAUAGAAUGGUUUCAGAUGGAAAGGAAGUGGCAUCCCAUGAUACCAGAAACACUGGAGCUUUGCUGCUGCAUUUACAUUUUUAAGUCCUCGUUCAUAUUGAAAGGGUGUGUAAAGAAGGGAAAAAUAUGCCUCAUUAUUGUUCACGUAGACUGUUACAAAAAACAAUAUUUUUGGAGGGCUAAAGCAAGAAGCUUUUCAAAUGGUAAUUAUUUUUUUAACAUAGAAAUAGUUUAUUAUGCCAUUAUUCCCAGUAAAUACAUUUAUUAAUGAAAAUAGGCUGCAUUUGUUGCGUCAGUAAUGGAAUUCAGUAUUUAUGAUAUAUGAAAUUAAUGUAGGAGAAACCAAUGGCUAGCCUCUUGCCUGCUAAGUCUACUCUGACUGAAUGGAUCAGUGCCUUUUAUAAGUGGAAUCUAAAGAAAAAAUAUUUUACUGCUCUUGAAUAUUUGUGUUACUGAGUAGUUGCGUGAUAUAGACUCUGGUGGAAAUCUUUGCAGGGAGGGGGAAGCCCUGGCAUCUUGAUAUUCAGUCAAGGCCUCCAGGAUGGCCAUUUCCGUCAUUUACCAUCAUUUCCUGUACUCAGUAACAUUGGACUGAAAGAACAUCCAGAAAUUGUUCAGAGUUUUAGCUUGUGUGGUCACAAGUAACUCAUUUCUCAUUCUUAAUUAAGCUGCUUUUUCUAAAACAGCCUCACUCAGAUGGAAUUUUAAAUAUUUUUCAUUUGUCCUGGUGCUUUGGAAGACAACUUCCAAACACACUGUUAGAUUAUUUUGUUAAUUUAUGUAUGAGCCACUUACUAUAACUGAUUGGGAUAAUGGCCUCUCAGAUGCUAUUUUUUGUUUUGCCAUGAGGGUUAGUGCCAUGAUGACUCAGGAUGUUUGUGUUUUAAAGUACUGUACAGAGGUAGUUUGGCUACUGUGUAUGUAUACAUCUGUGUUAGGAACUUUUUUUCCUUCCACAUUUCUGUUAAAUGAUAGUAGUUAAGAUUGCACUAGAAUCCUAGUGUGUAUGAAUCUGACUUUAAAUUGCUUUGAAGCCAGCUGGAGACUUCAGUGAAAGUCAACUCAGAUGAAGACUCAAUAAAAAUUAAAACUCUGAGACUUGUCAUGUAUGUAUAAUAUACAUGCCUCCUGCUUCUGGCAAAGGCCUUUGGCCUAUCUGUACUUCACCCUGAUUGACUGCAGUACUGAAACUUUGGUUUGAAAUGUUCAGUGGUAUAAGUUGCAAACUUCCUGUGACAUCGACAGGAGACGGGUACUUAACUAUUUCUGUGAACCUAAUACGUACCUUAUAUCUAUUUAAUAUGAAUGUAAACUAUUUGUAAAUGAGAUAAGUCCGUUUCAGGAAGGUAUCUGAAUUACUAAACACUGGAUCCAGCAGAGGCUUUCUUUGGUAAAUUUUAUUUUAUCGUUGGGAAUUAGUGGUUGCUUCACUCUACCUACCAAGAUUUUGAAAGGUUCUCCGGUUGAUUCUGUGUCAGAUGUCCAAUUACAGAUUUACACAGACACACAAAAGAGUGGAGCAAUGUGUGAAAAUUUGGGUCCAUGGCUUUUUUUAAUUUUUGUAUCCUUUGCUAAUAUUGCCUGUUAGGCUAGUAAAAAUUGCAGAAGUGCAAUGGCAGUUGUCACAUAUAAACCUAGAUACAUAACCUAUGCUUUUAGAGACAUGGUUUGGAGUACUGGUUCUUUUGGUAUCAAACUACAAACAGCUUUUUUUAUGUGGUCGUCUUGGGCACUGAUACAAAUCAGUGUCCCUAAUUGAAAAUCUCCAGUUCCCAGAGCUCGUCUUGUCAAUGAGGGUCAUGAGAUAUAAGAUUGUCACCAGUAAGGAUGUUAAUUUUAUAAUUCCAUAAUGUAAAUACAUUUUCUGUGAACCGAGUGCAUAUGCACGUACUAUUUUGGUGAAGUAUUUUAAUGCUGUUCCAGAUAUUAUAAUUGGAAUGAGUAUUGGAAUUUUAGUGAUCAACACAGACAUAUAGGAAGACCAUGACUGAUCCCAGAUAUUAGCACUUAGAAAGUGCAAUGUGCCAAAAUCUAACCUCCAGUCUCAUAGCAUAAUGCUGAAGUCCAACACCAAAUUUGGCAAGAUGCUGGUGAGGUAUUGGCUUUAACAAACUACUUUCAUUUCUUAUUGCUGUUUGUGGUACAGAGGUCAUUGCUGUCUUUCUUCAGUCAGAAGACUGGACUGUGUUUUCUGCAUGCUUGCUAGAGUACUCCUAGUCUAUUCAUGCACAGGCUACCUCAAUAAAUCAUUUGUAAAUCCUGAUCAGCAGAUGUGAGUUUUCACCAGAUAAGUUUGCACACACAAGUGUAUGCAGUUUUAAAAAUCAAGGAUUGUAAGAUUUUUCAUGUUCUUGUAUGCUCUUAUGAUAAAUGAGAGGAUCAGUAGCACUAUGGUGUUUACAAAGUCAGCAGUCUCUGUGAGGAGUCAGUAGGAUCCUGUUUUCUUUUAAGAGGGCUGUGGGCUGUAGAAGUUUUCGCAAAACAACAAUAUACCAUUUCUUAACAACAGAAGAAAUGGAAAGGCACUAUAUACAAAGUGCUCUCCAUUGACUUCCAAAAGCCUUAAACCUUGUGCAUAUUAUAAAGGGCAAUGUCACCACAGUUGAACAGGUGAAGGAUAAAAUGGACAAUGACUUUUUCUGGAAUGGUUUGCAUAAUUUAUGAAGCUCUUGUGACUCUGGAAGAUGUUUUCUAGUACAGUUGCCUCUAAUUUAAAGUUUUGGUUGGCAUAGUUUCUCAGUUUGAGAUGCGAUGAAAAAAGUUUCACGUUCCCAGUUUGUACACUGGGAAAAUAACUCUCAGCUAGAAUAUAAUAGAUUAUUCUAAUUCCUUAUUUUUUUCCAAGGCAAUUGCUCCCAAUGUUUACUAGGGAUUGCAAUUUUUUGCAAAAUCCUCAAGUUUCUUAGUCUUCUUAGUCAGAAGUACAUGUGGAUCAACUGUAGUAUUAUUAAGGGUAACAAAAAUGAAUGCAGUUCUUUUCCUAGGAACACAUUGAUUUGUGAAGUCUGUCUGUUUUCCAUACCAUUGCUAUAGAAGGUUGAAUGGACAUCACCACAGACAUUUUGGGCACUUUGCUGUCGGUUUUGUUCUCUUCUUCUCUUCUUUCUUCCUCAAUGUAAUCUCCUACUUUCUGUCUGUGGUAGAUGGCAUGGCUAUGUUGAUAAGAAAGAAAUUCUGGUCUCCAGCAGCUUACAUUACAUGUAAGAAAAACAUAUAAGUGCUAAGAAAGUAUAUGUAAGAAAGCAGGUUAUAGACUUCAUCAUCUGUCUCACAUUUUUUCUGUACUCUUUCUAUGUACUUUCAUAUUUCAGUACAUGUCCUGAGGGUAGAAGUUUUUGCUUGCUUCUUCAGUGUCUUCUUCAACUCGGUCACAGCAACAUAUAUUAGAGCUGCUGAGGAUCUGUUUGUAUCAGCUUAUUUUUCACCAUGUGAGAUAGCAGUUAAUUAGAUUGGAAUGUUCAGUUGGCAAAUCAGUUUCACCUCCGUGAGGGAUAAUUCAGUUUCUUGCUGAGCUUUCCUUGCUGAAAGUGUCUAGAUUUGUGUUUGUGUGUGUGUGUGUUUCUCUGUCAAAGAAAGUCAAGUUGGGAAUUCCACAGUUACUUUUUAUUUAACUUGUAACUUUGGUCCACCUUGUUGUAAAAAGAUGAAAUGCAAAAAUAUUGAUGUCUUUUCUAUUUUUUCCAUGUAUAGGAUUAAUUUUAACAAUGUUCAUUAUGCUGCAUUAUACAUAGCAAUGUUAAAAAAGGUAUGACCUGCAUUCAGAGAAUUCUGUCUCUCGAGCUGUGAAGAUAAUUAUAUGAAAUUUGUUUUACAGAUAUAUGGUCAACCAGAGAUUUAUGUAACAAGGCUGUACAAUAAUCACGUGCCUUAAAUUGUCAUCUUUUGAAUGCUGCGUUUGGAGAUUUUUGUGUGUACUUUCCAAGAAGUGUCAAUUCCUGCAAUAUUUUUAAAUAAGUCAAGUUGUUCGCUAAUGUGUCCUUUUAGAAAUAUUAAUAGUAUAUAAUGAGAAG